GUUCCAUGCUCGUCAUUCCUUUCCUCCUCUCUGUCAGAUCCGGGAGAGGCCGAUGGGGGGAGGAAAGGGAAGAUUGGCCUCGUCGCCGGUUAUCGCCGCGAUCUCGCUCAUCGGAGUCGUGUACUACAUAACGGUGUUCGUCUUCGUUGAUGAUCUGCUCGGCCUCAGCACCUCGCCCGGUCGCCUCAACGCUUGCAUCUUUAGUUGGCUCGCCUUCAUGUGCCUGUUCUCCUUCUUCGUGGCCGUGCUCACCGAUCCCGGAAGCGUUCCUCCUUCUUUCGCCCCCGAAACUGAAGACCCUCUGAAGUUUGGGGAACCCUUGAAAUAUUGUGACAAAUGUAGCACUUAUAAACCACCACGAGCACAUCACUGUCGAGUCUGCAGAAGGUGUGUAUUGAAAAUGGAUCAUCAUUGUGCAUGGAUAAGUAAUUGUGUAGGAUACGCAAACUAUAAAGCCUUCAUUUUAUGUGUCUUUCAUGCAGCCAUGGCAUCUAUCUAUUCCAUGGUGGUGUUUUUUAUCAAUAUUCUCGAAGAGCAUCACAAUUUUGAGGGAGUCUAUAAUAAGAUUUUCUAUGUCCUCUUUGGUUCUCUUGUAUCUUUGUUGAGCUUGGCUUUGAGCACCCUACUAGGCUGGCACAUUUAUCUGCUGACUCAUAACAUUACGACCAUAGAGUACCGAAUUGCGGUAAGAGCAAUGUGGCUGGCUAAGAAAAGUGGCCAAAAGCAUCAUCAUCGGUUCGAUCUUGGUGUAUAUAAGAAUCUUUCCAUGAUUCUUGGUCCAAAUGUUCUGAAAUGGCUUUGGCCUACGGCAACAGGCCAUCUCAAAGACGGCACACAGUUUGCGAUAUCAAAAGCUGGCGACCGACCUGUUUCUCCCAACUGUUAAAUCUAAACUGCUAGCAAGCAGCACCAUCAACGGCCUUCAUUCGUGUUGAUAAAAGAGGACAGAGGUCAGAUAUAAAUUUCGGUUGUAUGUGCAGCAACAGCGGGUAGGGGUUUUCUCUAUUGAAAAUGUAUAUUUUGUUUCAGAGAGAAAAUAUGGUGACAUUAGUUUAGAUACCAUUUGUUCCAUGAUGAACACGCUUUGUAAAUCAUAGGAGAGUGAAUACUUGAAGUUGUAAUACACAAAUCCUCCUGUUUCAGAGUAGCUCUGAACUUUUCCACACCUUAAAGAAAUCUAUUAAUACCAUAGAGUAUUUAAUU